CCCGCGAUGCUUUGCGAGCGCUCCGCCCGUUGCCAUGGCGCCCGGGCGACUCGCGGCCUAGUCCGCCUUUCUCGAUGUGGGUGAUGCCGCGGCCCGCUGUCCCUCCGGCGCGGAUUUUUGCGGAGUUGGCCCCUCCUUCCGUCGUCGGCACGGAGAACGAGCCGGCCAAGGCGGAGGGAGCUUUGUCGCUGCCCGGGGCCCGGGAGGUUCACGUCAGCGGCAGCGCGGAGCUCAGCGCUCGGCCGGAUCGGGCCCAAGUGACGCUUAGCUUGAGCCGCCAGAAAGCGGAGGCCGCGGCGGCACGGAGCAGCGUCUCUCGGAGGCUGGACUACAUCGCCCAGGCGGCCCGGCAGCGCGGAGAGGCUUUGGAAAACAACUUGACUGUGACAAAAAACUUCAGUAGAAUAGACAAUGCUUACAAGAUGGAAGCAGAGGUGUGCAUUACAUUCAGUGAUUUUGGGAAAAUGCAAGAUGUUUGUAACUUCUUGGUUGAAAAACUAGAUAGCUCUGUUAUCAUCAGCCCACCUCACUUUUACCACACAGCAGAGGCUGCCAAUGCUCUUCGGCGUCAAGUAUGUCUUGCUGCUGUUGGAAGCGCUCAACAAAAAGCACAAGAAGUCUGCCAAUUGUUUGGCCAAUCCUUGGGGAAGCCUUUGCUAAUAAGGGAAGAAGAAGUAAAGGAAUGGGAAGGGCAUCCAGAAAAUCACACAGCCAGUUUCUCAGACUCACCAAGUUUGCAACAAAGACUCCAAAGUGCCACCAUCUAUGCUUCCUCAAGGAUAUUUGCUGUUUUUGAAAUAAAGGGAGACAGGAAGAGAAAAAAAGCCGCUCUUCUAAAUUUGAAGUGAUUUGUUAUUGGGGUCUGAAUUAGUUUUGCUGUCCUAUGAGAAAUAAAGCCUUCUAGGAGGUCAGCUUGUUUCCAUGAGCAGAAAUUAAAACAAGGAUAACAGUUAUGUAUUAUCUUGGUCAUUGAAUAAAAUUGUAUCCAUCAGACUUUAAUUUUAUGUGCUGGGCAUCACAUGUGGUAGACUCCUCAAAUUGAAGUGAGACUUAAGUGUGCCUUUAUCACAAGGGGAAUAUUCUCUUGUGUCCACAAAUACUUUUUUCUAAUAUUGGAUCCAACACCAUAUGUGUUCAAGAAAACUUAAGUAGGAUAAAAUUGUUAAGUAAUAAAAAGCUGUUUAUUAGUAAAUACAGUAGAGUCUCACUUAUCCAACAUAAAUGGGCCGGCAGAACAUUGGAUAAGCGAAUGUGUUGGAUAAUAAGGAGGGAUUAAGGAAAGCCCAUUAAACAUCAAAUUAGGUUAUGAUUUUACAAAUUAAGCACCAAAGCAUCAUAUUAUACAACAAAUUUGACAGAAAAAGUAGUUCAAUACGCAGUAAUGCUAUGUAGUAUUUACAAAUUUAGCACCAAAAUAUCACGAUGUAUUGAAAACAUUGACUACAAAAAUGCGUUGGAUAAUCCAGAACGUUGGAUAAGUGAGACUCUACUGUAUAUUCAUUUAUUCAAGCUAUUUCUCCCCUUUCUUGCCUGAAUGAAACCUGGAGAAGGAAUCAAGAAUUGGUGCUUAAGUCUUAUAAGAUCUACAAUCCCAAGUAUAUUAAAAAAUGUAUUGUACCAAUUACCUUCAAAUAAUACAAAGUUUGUACUAAAAAGUCUUCAAACAGCUGGAAUAUAUAUACAAUAAAAGGCUAGAUAUGUUUUCUAUUGAACUCCACUAGACCUGAAGCAGUGCAGAAUAUCCGCUCGGCCACAGGGCCACCUUCCAUAGUGGGCUGAAAGGGUAGGUGACUCCAGACCAGCUUUAUAUGGGAAAGAGAAGCCUCCACUGUAGUCCAGUUUGCUCUCUAAAUGGAAGAAUAACCUGGAUAUAACACACAAUAUUAUUGUGAAAGGGAUUAUUAAUUUACCUGUUGGAUUACUAGUGAUCAGCAUCUUAUUGAGGUACUGUGCUAGCAUUCAGAUAGUGCACUUGUUGAGGUUUGGUAAGUGUAAUCUUUAUUGGAAGUCAUAAACGACAGAACAAUCACUGUCAGAAACUGCAAAUGUCCCAAGCAAAGCUUUUAUAUGCUCAAAAGUAAUGAAAGAUGGACUGGAAAUACUAAAACUCAUCCUAUGAAAAAAAUGCUAAAAGUAAAAAGCAUGUUUUUAAAAAGAUAGUGGCAUAAAUGGUGUUGCCAGAAUGCAGUUUGCAUAGAAUUCACUGGAUUGGGAUUUUUUUUAUCGUGUCAGAAGCAACUUGAGAACAUACUGCAAGUCGUUUCUGAUGUGAGAGAAUUGGCAGUCUGCAGAGACUUGCCCAAGGGAUACCCAGAUGUGUUACUGGGAGACUUCUCUCAUGUUCUGUUGGAUCAGGAUGAAAGAAAAUAUUAAGCAAGCUAUUAACAGAGCUGCAUGUAAUUUGACUUUUUGAAAGAUGCAACUCUAUGACCUAUAAGAUUUGACGUACAGUAGUCUCACUUAUCCAACAUAAACGGGCCGGUAGAACGUUGGAUAAGUGAAUAUGUUGGAUAAUAAGGAGAGAUUAAGAAAAAGCCUAUUAAAUAUCAAAAUAGGUUAUGAUUUUACAAAUUAAGCACCACAACAUCAUGUUAUAUAACAAAUUUGACAGAAAAAGUAGUUCAUUACACAUUAAUGCUAUGUAGUAAUUACUGUAUUUACGAAUUUAGGACCAAAAUAUCACGAUAUACUGAAAACAUUGACUACAAAAAUGUGUUGGAUAAUCCAGAACGUUGGAUAAGUGAGACUCUACUGUAUUUUAUUUUGCCAAUUGCAAUUUUCAGAAGGCUAAUUCUGGUUUUGCUUGUAAGAGUUGUGUAACAAAGGUAUAUAGGAAGCAAAAGUUCCCACUUUGUUUUUCCCCCUCCCAAGUAAGAAAGAUCAGAUUUGCAGUAGUGGUUGCCUAUUUUAGUUCUGUGGCUAGUCUGUACUGCAUUCCAAUUAUGAAAACUUGCCUUAGGUAUUUUGAAGGUUUUGAAGACAUACAAUAAUUGUACCAAAAUGGGACUGGCAGCAUUUGUAGACUAUUUCAUAAAGAGUUUGUACAAGUUAAAAGAACUAUCGGUUAAAAGAAUACCCUGGUUUCUCUUCAAAUUGCAUAAAUCUAUUAAAAUCUAUACUCAGACUCA